UUGAAGAAAAAUAAAAUAAAUCAACGAAAAAUAACUGAUAUUAUUUUUAAUAUUUCAAAAAUAAAUUCAAGACUAGAAAAAUUAAUUUGUCAUUAAUUUGCAUGAAGUAAUUCAUCACAAAAGACAAUGGGUUCUAGAUUAAAAAAUUUACUGCUAAAUAUAGUGGUUUUAAUUUUUUUUAUUUGUAAAAAUUAUGCAAAUGAAAUACCAAUUGAAAAUGAAGAAAUUGAUUAUCGUUUACCAAAUUCCGUGAUACCAAAAUCAUACGAAAUUAGAAUGGUAACAGAUAUGGAAAAUUUAGAAUUUACUGGAGAUGUUAAAAUAGAAGCACUAAUUAAAAAUGAAACAGACAAAAUUAUUUUGCAUCAUGGAAAUAUCGAAAUACAAUCAUACAGUGUAAAAUUAUUAAAAAAUAAUGUAACAACAAAAGUUUCAAUAUUAAAUACCACAUAUGAUAAAAAAACUGAAAAAUAUACAAUUUUUUUAAAAAAAAUAUUAGAGAAAGAUUCUAAAAUUAUCAUUGCAAUUAAUUCCAAUGGAACUUUGUCUGACAAUAUGAUUGGUUUUUAUAAAAGUUCAUACUUCGAUGACAAAGGAAAUAUCAAAUGGUUAGCUGCAACACAAUUUCAGGCAACUCAUGCAAGACAUGCAUUUCCAUGUUUUGAUGAGCCUGGAUUUAAAGCAACUUUUAAAGUUGAAAUAUCUCGAACUGAAAAAUAUAAAUCAUUGAGCAACAUGCCUAAAGCUGAUGAAAAAUAUAUUAAGGAAGACAAAAUAUAUUGGGAUUUUUAUGAAAUUAGUAAACCCAUGUCAACGUACUUGUGUGCAUUUAUAAUAGCUGAUUUUGUUAAUUCAAAAAAUGGAAGUAUAAGUGUUUGGACACGACCAGAAUAUAUAAAACAAGCAAGCUAUGCUUUAGAUAUUGGAAAUAAAAGUCUUGAUUAUUUUAAUAAACUUUUUGAUGAGCCUUAUCAUCUAGAAAAAUUGGAUAUGAUUGCUCUUCCAGAUUUUGCUGCUGGUGCAAUGGAAAAUUGGGGUCUCGUAACAUACAAGGAAUCUCGAAUGUUAUAUAGCCCAGAUGAGUCAUCAGAUUCAGCCCAGCAAACAGUUGCAUCUGUCAUAGCCCAUGAAUUAGCCCACAAUUGGUUUGGCAAUUUAGUGACACCACAAUGGUGGGACACACUUUGGUUGAGUGAAGGUUUUGCUAGAUACUAUGAAUAUUUCGCAACAGCUAAGAUUGAAUCAACAUGGAAAUAUGAUCAACAAUUUGUUGUUAAUGUAUUACAAAAUAUUUUUAAUCUUGAUGGAUUGGACCAUUCAAAACCAAUGACAAGAAGUGUAAAAACAACUUCAGAUAUUGGUAAAAGUGGUGAUAAAAUAACGUAUGACAAGGGUGCAAGUAUUAUCAGAAUGAUGGAUCAAACUUUUGGUUCGUCAACAUUCAACAAAGCAGUGGUAGCUUAUUUAAAAAAUAAUCGUUAUGGAUCUACAGUACCAGAUGAUCUUUGGAAUGAAAUUCAAAAACAAAUAAUUACUGAUAAAAUAAUUAUUCCAAUACAAGUUAAAACUAUCAUGGAUUCAUGGACAACACAAUCUGGAUAUCCAGUUGUAAAUGUAACAAAAAAUAAAAAUAUUAUUAAAAUAAAUCAAGAACGUUUUUUCAUCAGAAAUCCAAAAAAUAUAUCAAAAAAUAAAACCUGGUGGAUACCACUAACAUGGACAACAAAAUCACAAAUGGACUUUAAAUCAACAGCGCCAAAAAAAUGGUUUGAAAAAAAAACAGAUAAAAUUAAUCUUGCAAUAAAUAAUGAUGAUUUGUUUAUUUUAAAUAUUCAACAAACAGGUUUUUACCGUGUAAAUUAUGAUCGGGAUAUGUGGUAUCAGAUAAUAAAUGUUCUCAAAGGUUCAUCAUUUAAAGAUAUACAUGAGAUAAAUCGUGCUGCAAUUAUUGAUGACUUGUUGAAUUUAGCUAGAGCUGGUUAUAUUAGUUAUGACAUUGCAUUGGAUGGACUUCAAUAUAUUGUUCAUGAAGAUAAUUAUAUUCCUUUAAAAUCGGCAUUUGUUGGUUUGGAUUAUUUGGAAAAACGUUUUGCUGGACAACCAAAUUACGAACUUUUUGCUGUAAGUUUUAUAAAUAAAUUUGUAAUAAUUUUAUAUCUUAUCGGUUAUCUUUAUUUACAGAAUCAUAUUCUCAAUUUAAUUUCCCGGAUCACCGUGACAUUGGAUUUUGAUGAUAAGAUUCUUGAUAAUAAAUUUGAUAUACUUUUACGAGCAGAGGUCAAUCGUUGGGCUUGUAAAUUAAAUCACAAAGCAUGUAUUGAUAAAUCAAUAAAACAUUUUUCAUCAUUUACAUCUGCUGAAAAACCAGUUCCAAAGAAUCAAAGAGCAACUGUUUAUUGUUCAUCGAUAAGACAUGGAUCACACUCAGAUUGGACAAAGCUGUGGGAUCGUUAUCUAUCAUCAGAUUCUGCUGCUGAAAAAACAGUCAUUUUGCAAAGCCUUGGAUGUUCACGAAAUGAAACAACCCUUGAAAAUUAUCUACUGUCUGCAAUCGGUGAUUUUGAGAUCACUCAUGUCCGUAGACAAGAUAGUGUUUCAAUAUUUGCAGCUGUAUCAAAUUCUGGAUUAUUUGGUGCAGAAUAUAUAUUAAAUUUUGUCGAUAAAUAUCAUUUAAAAAUGAAAGCAUACUAUGGUAGUUAUGAAAAUGUAGCUGAAAUAGUUGCAACAGCAUCAGAAAGAUUUUCAACACAAAAACUAGUUGAUAAAUUUUCACAAUUUAUAAUAAAAAAUAAAAAAAGCUUUGAGAGUAUUAUUGAUCAGCUGAAUGAUUCUUUAGAGCUGGCAAAAUUCGAGCUUGAUUGGUACAAAAAAAAUUCAUACACUAUUUUAAAAUGGAUUCGUAAUAAUAAUUAUGAUAAUAGUAACAAGUAUCGUCUUCCAACAAGUAUAAUUCCAAAGAGUUAUAAAAUCCAGGUUAUUCCUGAGUUGUAUCCUACAUUUACAUUCAAUGGAACUGUCGAAAUAGUAACAACUGUUGUUGAAGAAACAGAAAUUGUAGUUUUUCAUACAAAAGAAAUUGAAUUUAUAAAUAUUGAUUUGAGUGUAAAUGACACACCUUUAAAAAUCAUCAACCAAACAGAAGACAAGUUAUACCAAGUGAUGAUUAUUACUUUGGCUAAUUCAGUACCAAAAGAAUCUGAACUUUUGAUAAAUAUUUCUUACAAAGGCCAAUUAAAUACAGAGAUGAGGGGUUUUUAUAGAAGUUCAUACGUUGAUGAUAAGAAUAAUACCAGAUGGCUAGCUUCAACUCAUCUUGAACCAGUUGGUGCCAGAAGAAUGCUUCCCUGUUUUGAUGAGCCUGGAUUUAAAGCAACAUUUGAGCUAAGUGUUGGCAGAUUAAAAGAUUAUGUUGCUGUAAGCAAUACAAAACUCAUUGGCAGUAUUACAAAUGGAGAUCGUAUUCUGGAUUCCUUUGAAAAAACUCCAGUGAUGUCUUCAUACUUGUUGGCUUUGAUAGUGUCAGAUUUUAAAAAAAUAACUGAUAAAAAAAUUUAUUCAGCUUGGGCAAGACCAAAUGUUAUUGAUCAAGCAAAUUAUGCUGUGUCUGUUAUUUCACCAGUAAUAAAUUAUUUUGAAAAAUCACUCGGACAUACGUAUCAAUUGUCAAAGCUAGACAUGGCUGCAAUACCUGAUUUUGCAUCUGGAGCUAUGGAAAAUUGGGGUUUAAUAACAUACAAAGAAACAAAUAUGCUUUAUCAUGAAAAUCACACACCAAUAACAUCAAAACAAUCAAUUAUAAAUGUUAUUGCCCAUGAAAUUGCACAUCAAUGGUUUGGCAAUUUGGUCUCACCAAAAUGGUGGAGUGUUGUGUGGCUCAGUGAAGGAUUUGCUAGAUAUUAUCAGUAUCACACAACAGCAAAAAUUGAAUCAUCUUGGCAACUUGAGUCACAAUUUAUUGUUGAACAAUUACAAAAAUCUUUUGAAACUGAUGGUUUACCUUCAAGUCAUCCAAUGACUCAUGAUGUUAAUACUCCAUCUGAAAUAAGUGCAAUAUUUGAUGACAUAUCAUAUGCCAAAGGAGCCAGUGUUUUGAGAAUGAUUGAAAAAGUUAUUGGUCCUGAACUUUUUAACAAAUCGUUGACUUCUUAUCUUGAAGAUAGAAAAUAUAACUCAGUGGUUCCUGAUAAUCUUUUUGAUGCUAUGCAAAAACAAGUUGAUAUUACAAAAUUAAAUAUAACAAAAAUUAUGAAUACAUGGACAACACAAGCAGGAUUUCCUGUGGUACAUGUUGAAAGAACUGAUAAAAUAAUUAAUCUUAAACAAGAACGUUUCUUAUUAAAAAAUCCUGAUAAUAUUGAUGUUAAUAAUACAUGGUGGAUUCCAAUAACUUGGGCAUCAAAAUCAAAUCCUGAUUUUUCAAAAACUGCACCAACAAAUUGGCUGAGUUCAUCAACUGCAUCAAUUACAAUUAACAAUCCUAAAAAUGAAUGGUUCAUUCUAAACGUUCAGCAAUCUGGGUAUUAUCGUGUUAAUUAUGACAGUGAUUCUUGGAAGUCAAUAAUCGAUGUUCUGAAGAGUGAUAAAUUCAAAGAUAUACAUGAAAUUAAUCGUGCAGCAAUUAUUGAUGAUUUAUUAAAUCUUGCAAGAGCAAAUUACGUUGAUUAUUCAGUUGCAUUAUCAGCAACUGAAUAUUUAAUACAAGAAACUGAUUAUAUACCUUGGAGAGCUGCUUUUAAUGGUUUUACUUACUUGAAUAAAGUGUUUGCUGGAAAAGAUAUCUACAAUUUGUACAAAACACACAUACUGACAAGCUUGAAGCCAAUUUACAAAAAAUUAGGAUCAAAUGAAAUUAAAGGAGAGUCUCAUGUUGAUAAAAUAUUGAGAAGAUAUAUUUUCAAUUGGGCUUGUGAAUUUAAUGAUCAAGAUUGUAUUGAUAAAUCCAUGGAGCUAUUUGCUGCCUGGAGAGCAAAUGAAACACAAUUAGUUCCAGUUAAUUUACGAAAUACUGUUUACUGUGUUGCCAUGAAAUAUGGAACAGUUGAAGAUUGGGAAUUUCUUAAUGGAAAAAUUAAUUCAACUAAUGUUAAUACCGAAAAAGAUUUGAUAACAAGUUCACUAAAAUGUACAAAAAAUUCAUUAAUUUCUGUGCUGAAUGAUAAAAAUGAAAUAAUUGUAGACAAAAAUAUGACAAGAGGAAAAGAUGAAGAUGAUUGGUAUGAUCUUCAUGGUCCUCGUAUUUUCGAAUGGCUUGAUAAAAAAUAUCCAAGCAAAGAUUAUCGACUUCCAACAACAGUUAAACCACUGAAAUACAAAAUUUAUUUAACACCAUUUUUGGUUGAAAAAAAUUUUACAUUUAAUGGUGAAGUUGAAAUUAAGAUGCAGGCAAAAACAAAUGUAUCCAGUGUUGUUCUUCAUGCAGAUAAAUUGACUAUACAAAAAAUUACAACAAGAAUAGAUUCUGUUAAACUUUUAGAAGUCUCAAGUUACCAGCUCAAUUCUACUACUCAAAAAUUAACGAUUUAUUUCAAUAAAUUUGUACAAGCAGAUACUAAAUUUUAUGUUACAAUACAUUAUACUGGAAUAUUGAAUAAUAAAAUGGAAGGAUUUUAUAGAAGCUCUUAUGAAGACAAUACUGGAAAAACACAUUGGCUUGCCAGUACUCAGUUUGAAAAAUUCGGUGCAAGACAAGCAUUUCCCUGUUUCGAUGAGCCUGAAUUUAAAGCUAAUUUCACAGUGAAUAUUGAAAGGCCUAAUGAAUAUCAUACACGCAGCAAUAUGGCUCUUAAAUCUUCCAUUGCAUCAUUAUUGGAGAAUUUCACAUGGGAUACCUAUGAAGAAAGUGUACCAAUGUCUUCCUACCUCGUAGCUUUUGUCGUGUCAGAUUUUGUUAACAUAUCCAACGAACAUGGCAAUUUUAGUGUCUGGGCUCGUCCAAAUGCCAUUGAAGAUGCACAAAUUUCAUUAUAUUAUGGUGAAAAGUCUCUGAGUUUUCUUGAAAAUUACACUGGCAUUGAAUAUCCACUUUCAAAGGUUGACAUGGUAGCUAUACCAGAUUUUGCAGCUGGUGCCAUGGAAAAUUAUGGUCUUGUUACGUUCCGGGAAUAUGGUUUGUUGGUCCAAGAGGAUGUAACUUCAUCAUUGUACUUGAGAUACAUGGCCACAACAAUUGCUCAUGAACUUGUUCACUUUUGGUUUGGCGAUUUGGUAACUUGUCAAUGGUGGGAUCGCCUUUGGCUGAACGAAGGUUUUGCUGAAUACUUAGAAUGGGUCGUAAUUGACGGGAUUACUCCUGAAUGGAAAAUAAUGGAUCAAUUUGCUGUUUAUGAAUUACAAGUUGCAUUAGCAAAAGAUUCAGAUGCAACAAUGAGGCCAAUGAAUAAUAUAAUGCAAACACCAUAUGAUUCUGGUGAAGGAAACAAUGCAAUUAUUUAUGGAAAAGCUGCAAGUGUUAUUCAUAUGAUGCGUUGUGGAUUUGGAGAAAAAAUUUUCCAAAAAGGAUUAAAUAUUUAUCUGAGCAAUAAUCAAUAUGACACUGGAACAUCAGAAAAAUUAUGGUCAGCUCUUCAAGAAAGUGCUGAUUCUGUUGGUGGAAUUUCUUCUGUCGAUGAAGACGUUGAAGAUUUGAUGAACUCAUGGGCAAGUCAACCUGGUUAUCCACUUCUCAGUGUGUCAGUGACAGAAAAAUCUAUUGAACUUUCUCAGGAACGUUUUUUGAUUACUGGUAAAAAUGAGUCGUUAGAAACUAAACCCUACUGGAUACCAAUAUCAUAUGCAACAAAAUCUGAACCAAAUUUUAAUCGUACAUCUCCAGUAUUUUGGUUUGGUAAACGAAAUGAGUCAUUUGACAAUCCUGACAUUGUACAUGAUGAAUGGUACAUUGUAAAUGUCAAACAAUCAGGUUUCUAUCGAGUCAACUAUAAUUUAGAAAAUUGGGAAAAUUUAAUUGAAGCAUUAAAGCAUGAUAACUUUGAUGGAAUACAUGAGAUAAAUCGUGCUCAAAUUAUUGAUGAUCUUUUAAAUAUGGCACAGGGUAAAUGGGUAUCAUAUGAAUUGGCUUUAGAUGCUACCAAAUAUUUAGAAAAUGAAAUUGAUCUAUUACCAUGGAGAUCAUUCUUCAAUGGUGUUGCAUAUUUAAUUGACAGAUUUGAGGGACAAGCAAUUGAGCCAAUUUUCAAAAAUUAUAUUCUAAAAUUAAUUGAAAAUGUUUAUAAAGAAGUUGGCUUUGUUAGAUCACCACUUGAUAGUCAUAUGGAUGGAUUAAAAAGACAAGUAAUAUUAUCAUGGGCUUGUAAAUUUGAUCAUAUUCAUUGUGUUGAUCAAUCAAGAAGUUUAUUUAAUCAAUUGAAAGAAAAUAAAACAAAAAUUGAUCGUGAUGCAAGACCAGCAUUGUACUGCACUGCAUUGAAGUAUGGUGAUUAUAAUGACUGGAUAUUUUUGUGGGAAGAAUAUAAAAAAUCAAAUUUAGAAUCAGAAAAAAUUACAAUAUUAAAUUCACUAGGAUGUUCAAGAAAUAAAACAGCAAUUGAUUAUUAUUUUAAUAUUCUUUUGUCACGUGAUACUGCAAUUAGAGAUCAAAAUGUUGAUCUUAUUAUUUCGUCGGUAUACAAAGCUGAUGGUUUUGGUGUUAAUAUAACACUUGAAUAUUUAAUGAGUAAUUAUAAAAAAUUGUACGAUUAUUAUGGCAGUUGGAAUGAUGUAGCAAGUAUAUUUAACGGUGUUGCUGGUAAAAUAUCUACACAAAUUCAAAUUGAUAAAUUGGAAAAUUUCAUAUUAGAAACACCAGGAAUAAUAGAAAUAUCUAAAUCAUUAAAUUCUUCAUUGAUGAUUGCACGUGAUAAUUUAGAAUGGUACAACAAUCAUUCUACAAUUAUUUUAUCAUGGUUGAAUGGACCAACUGAGCCAAAACCAUCUGGCUCAAAUUCCAUCCAUGUUACUGGACUAUUUUUAACUGGAGUAUCUUUUAUAUUUUUAAUCAUAUUAAAUGUGACUUUUUAAAUAUUUAAAAAUUUAAAUUUAAUAAUUAUACGAUAUUAAUAUUAUAUUAUUAAAGUUGUAAUUGAUCAUGUUUUUUUUUUUUUUUUUAAUUAAGCUAUCAUCUUGUAUUUUGAAUAAUAAAAUAAAAAAUAUUACUGCAGAAUAAAAAAAAAAAAAAA